GUAGGUAAAAGCCAAUUCUUGGAAAAAGAAAAAACAUAAUGUCUCCCUUAGAAGAUGAAAAUGCUACUGUCAAAGAGAGUAUUAAUCUACAGGACAUGCAACUUGAUGAAAAGAAGCCCCCCAAAAAAGGAGGACCAGAGGUGUUACCAGGAAGAGUUUUCUAAAGAAAAGGCCAUUAUGUUGGUGUUGAAGCAUCUCUUGCUUGAGAAAAGAGAAGGCUCCAAAUCUAGACUCUAAAGGGUAAGACAAUGGAAAUUUCUGACAGUCUCAAGGCAAAGCAUUUCAUGGUAGGUUUCCCCCCCCUACGUGAUCUAGAUAAAGAGCAUGGCAGCAUCUCUGGCAAGGAUUUCAGCUGAUCCAGAAGCUGUAGGUAGUAUAGACUAAAUGUCCAAUAGAGAGCAGCCAGAAUCCAAUAAUAGAAUAACAUUUGGCAAAACAAUAUCCUGUUGAAGGGAGCAGCUGGGUGGCUCAGUGGAUUGAGAGUCAGGCCUAGAGACAGGAGGUCCUAGGUUCAAGUCUGGCCUCAGCCACUUCCUAGCUGUGUGACCCUGGGCAAGUCACUUGACCCCCAUUGCCUAGCCCUUACCACUCUUCUGCCUUGGAGCCAAUACACAGUAUUGACUCCAAGAUGGAAGGUAAGGGUUUAAAAAAACAAAACAAAACAAAACAAACAAACAAACAAAAAAACAAUAUCCUCUUGAGAGAGGGCAACAGUGUCCCUUGGAGACUACAAGAACAUCAGGAUGUGUCCAGCAGUGACUAAAAGAACAAAGAUGGUGAAACUAGUGUCAGUAGGAGCUGCACACCAAUGUGAAAAGAUAUUGUUGGGGGAAGCUAGGUGGCUUGGUGGAUUGCAAGCCAGGCUCAGAGACUGAAGGUUUGGGGUUCAAAUCUGGCCUCAGAUAUUCCCUAGUUGUGUUAUCCUGGGCAAGUCAAUUAACCCCCAUUGACUAUCCCUUAUCACUCUUCUGCCUUGGAACCAAUACACAAUAUUGAAUCUAAGAUGGACAGUAAAGGUUUUUUUUUAAAAAAGACAUUAGUAUCUCAUUGGAUAUAUGAGUUGGUGUUCUAUGUGUAUGCCCUGGACACACAUGUUUUUGACCACAUAUUUUAGGCAUAUGUACAUUCCUUCAUGUGUACAUGCUAGUCAAAUAUCCCCCCCAUUUGUAUGCCUCUCCAUUGUUUUAUCUAUACGUGUCCAUUAUUUUUCUUGUGUUUAUUUUAGGGACAUCAAACUCCAUGUUUAUGGGAGAAUAUUUUGUCGCUACUUUUCUAAUUCUACCAUGCCAUUCCACCAAUUCCUUUGGUUUUACGUGAAUUGUGUACUCUGUCUGACUCUUAAAGAAAAUGUACAUUAGUAAGGACUAAUAAGCUAUAGUUUUAGGGUUGUGGACUCACAGCAUACAUGGGGUUCUCUAAAAUUGGAGUAACCAUUCCCUAAGAUAUUUACUCCCUGGGAAGUGGAGGAAGAUGCUCCAGGUGCUCUAAAUAUAUAACCAUAAAUGUAAUGGGAGAAAACUUGGAACACUUCUAGGACUGGCAACCAAGAAAAGAAUUUUUUCCAGGGUUCUGGUCAGUAAGAUAUGGCCUGGCUAUCAUCAUACACUUCUGUCUAUUUGUAACUACCUCACAAAAUUUGAGUCUGAGCAUUGCCAUUGUUGCCAUGGUGAACAGUACAGGCCAGUCUAAUCAGACCAAUGUCUCCACGAAGGGGCAGCCUGAUGUCACCCCAGAAGCAGGGGUCCCUACAUAUGACUGGAGCCCAGAAAUUCAGGGAAUAAUACUCAGUUCUAUCACCUAUGGUCAAAUCAUCACAUUAACCCCCAGUGGGUAUUUCGCUGGAGUGCUUGGAGCAAGGAAAAUAUUCAUGAUUGGAUUGUUCAUCUCCUCAGUUCUCAGCCUCUUACUACCAUUAGCAGCCGCUCAAGGAGUGGUUUACAUCAUUCUCACAAGGACAGCCCAGGGCAUGGCUCAGGGAAUGGAACUUGGAACUUCGCCAUCUUUCUGGGUGAAAUGGGCUCCACCACUGGAACGGAGUCGAAUAAGUAGCAUUACAUCAUCUGGUGCAAUUUUGGGAGGCUUCAUUGUCCUCCUGGUGGGUGGAUUCAUCUGUCAAUCCCUAGGUUGGCCAUACAUCUUCUAUAUCUUUGGAGGAAUUGGCUGUGUGUGCUGUGUUAUCUGGUUUUCUCUGGUUUAUGAUGACCCCAUAAACCACCCCUAUAUAAGUGAGAGUGAAAAGGAAUACAUCACUUUUUCAUUGGCUGGAGAGAACAGCAAUCCCAGUUGGUCCUUGCCCAUCAAGGCCAUGAUCAGAUCCCUCCCACUUUGGGCCAUUAUCAUCACUGGCUUCUGUCGAUUCUGGUUAGUCACCAAUCUGACGAUAUCACUGCCACUAUUGAUAAACAUUAUGUUUGAUUUUGACAUCAGAAACAAUGGGAUUCUCAGUGCACUGCCUUCUAUAGCUGCAUGGAUCUGUAUUACCCUAGGAAGUCAAAUGGCAGAUUUCCUCUUGUCCAAGAAGAUUCUGAGUCUAGUGGUGGUCCGGAAACUCUUCACAGUUCUGGGAAUGCUUCUCCCAUCAGUAUUCAUCACAGCUGUGCCAUACGUCAGUUCCAUCACUGCUGUUACCUUACUGAUGCUCUCUAUGGGAAUAAGCUGCCUGUGUUACUCUGGAUUCAUGAUUAAUUCCCUAGAUAUCGCUCCCAGAUAUACUAGCUUUCUCAUGGGACUUGGAGGAGUUUUUACUAUAUUACCAGGAAUCAUUUCACCCAUUGUUACUGGAUACCUCAUAAAUAAGGACUCUAUAUCGGGCUGGAAGAACGUCUUCUUGCUGUCGGCUGCCAUAAAUCUCGUAGGGAUGAUCAUCUAUGUAAUCUUUGGCCGUGCGGACAUCCAGGACUGGGCUAAGGAGAAAACGCUCACUCGCUUCUGAGUGGUCACGAGUGGAGAACCGAAGUCAAAACUUAUCUAGACAUUGCUAAAGUAUUUUCAUUCUCUGCCAUUUUGUUUUUUCAGUCACUUGAACUGCUCGUUUGGUUUCUGGAUUGCUUUUUACCUCUCUUCUCAGAUAUUAUUCUGAGAUGCAAACUGUGUCUGCUAAACAAGCUUUCUAAAGAAUU